UUUCAAUAUGUGAUCUGUUGUUGGAUUUUUUAUUGUAUUUUAGAUACAUUUGUACAAAUGAGCACCAAAGAAAGACAAAGAAACCAUUAAGGCAGUAUUACUUGAGACUUCAAAUGUGAAAAAUGGCGCGAAGAAGUUUGACGGGAUGUUCAUUAUUGAUUAGAGCUGCCCCUUGGGUCAUUGUUUUAUUUUGUCAUUUUGUCCUGGCAGGAAAAUAUGAAUGGAUGAAACGGGAUAAUUUUGACAUUAUUGAUGAUUUGUUUCAAGCAGUAAAAGGAUCAAAUUGUCGAAGCAAGUCUAAACGGGAAAUGUUACUUCGCCCUGAUGUAGUGUCGCAAAUUCCAAAGGCAAACCAGUUGAAAAGUACGAUUAUUUAUAAAAAUCGAACAAAUCUUGUCCACAUGCAUAAUAUGGCUUUAAAUCGAGCUUAUUUCAUGAGUUACAUUUUACAGAAGAUGAAUGACACUGAGUUAUUUUACCAACAACCAAAUAUUCAUUAUUUGUAUAUGUCGGUAACAGCAGAUAUGAACGCCAACCCGAGCAAUAUAAACGGAAGCUCAAUAGUUUUUGACAACAAUUGUUAUUAUCCAAAUUGGUUCGUCACUCUUGAUUUCAACAACACCAUCCCAUUAUUUGGCGUCAAAGGUUGGCGUUGGGAUGACACAUAUGACCAAGAUAACUAUUUGCGUGAGCCAACACGUCGAGCAGCAUACGUAACGGACAUUGGCGCUGGUACCAAUAAAAAUUAUACUACGGAUGGUUAUAAAAUGAACCCUUGGUACAAUUUCUGGUUACCUGAUACUGACAGUGCCCUGGAUAAAAGUAAAAAGUUUACAUUUGGUGUAGGAAUCAAGUAUUCAAAUGUCACCGGAAAGUUCACUAAUGAUCAGUUCGACAAUUUUAACUUCUUUGGACCUAACUUACCAAAACAACAAAACUCGGACGAUACAUUAUUGCCAGUUCGCUUUACACAGCCCUAUUUUGAUUGUCGUGGAUCUAAGAAAUGGAAAGUUAGUGCCGUGGCUCCCAUAGUUGAUUUUAUGCCAAGAUAUUCUAACUGGACACAUUUAAGGAGACAAAGAAUAGUAGGUGUUGUUGUCAUGGAUACAGAUCUUCAAGAGAUUGAUUUUAAUGCCUGUGGUACCAGUCCUGGUAAUCCUGGACCGAGUUUUCUGUCUGGCAUUUCAAGAUGUAAACCACCUUCUACAGGGUGUAAACAUAAGAUUGGUUACGGGCGUAGAGUUGGGGGAUAUGUUUGUUAUUGUAGAUGUCUAAUUUCAGUGUAA